AUGAAGUUCCCAGCCAGAAAGCUCCUUCCCCUCCUUGUCUUUCUCCUCUCCAGCUUCUCCAUCUUCAGGCUCCUCAGGAUCGCAAUCACCACCACCACUUCUUCUUCUACUGUUACCCCUCCAUUGCUCCCUCUGCCUCCACCCAACCCAACGACCGGACCGGUCGCCACACGCCUCUCCAAGAAGGAGUUCAAGCUCCUAACCAGCCUCAUCAAGAGCAGAGCGCCCUGCAACCUGCUGAUUUUCGGCCUCGGAAAACAGCACCUGAAGCUCUCCUCCCUCAAUGCAGGGGGCAACACUCUGUUUCUGGAGGAUGACUCCAAAAAGAUCAGCGAGAUUCAAUCCGACAAAUCCAACGCCACCUGGAUCCACAAAGUUGACUACCCGCUACCAGCAAAGAAGGCUUACGAGCUGCUGAAGCAUGCCAGGGAGACUGCAGACUGCGGACCUGAUAAAGCCUCGAGCUUGCAGCUUCAGAAUUCGACCUGCAGGCUCGCGCUGAGGACUCUGCCGCGCCAGGUGUACGAGUACAAGUGGGACGUGGUGGUGGUGGACGGGCCCAGGGGCGACUCCCCUGACGCGCCAGGCAGGAUGUCGGCGAUCUACACAGCUGGGGUGUUGGCCAGAGCGUCGCCGAAUGUGACGCAUGUGGUGGUGCACGAUGUUCAUCGGACGAUUGAGAAGUGGUUCUCGUGGGAGUUCCUCUGCCAUGGCAACAUGGUGUCAUCGAAAGGCAAACUCUGGAGCUUCCGAAUUGGAGGAGAACCCAGGUCGGGGAGGUUCUGCCCCGAUUAA